AUGGUUCGCUCACAAAUCCUCUCUCAAGUACGAUGUCUUCCAAGACAAUGGUCCAACAGGGCAUUUUCUGCGACAUCAUCAUCCCUCGAUCGAUGGAGUGAUGUAGUAAGCCGUACCCAGAAAACUCUUCAGGUUACCGAGAUAGCUGUUUCAGAUCUGGAGAAUGAGCUCUCAGGAGACUCUCCUUCAAGCUCGUUGGACUCGCCCGUAGUUAUUGAUGUUAGAGAAGCAACCGAGUGGAAGCUUGGAAAGAUCCCUCAUGCUAUCUGUCUUUCGCGUGGAGUGUUAGAGCUAAAGAUAGAAAAGGUUGUUCCAGUGGACUCUCAAAGACCAAUCGUAUUGUAUUGUGCAGGUGGCUAUCGCAGUAUCAUGGCUGCAGAGGCUCUAGUGCGCAUGGGUUACAACAAGGACCUUCUGCGCAGUCUCAAGGGGGGUUUUGGUGCAUGGUGCAAAAAAGGCUAUGCAGUUGAAGGCAACUAA